GUGUGUGUGUGUCCCGGCGCAGCUUCCCACCAAAUCCACGCUUUUGUGAUUGGUCGACAUCAGUUAGCUCAUCGGAUUGGCCAAUGAUCUCGCGACAAUCGCGUCAAAGCGGAAACGGGCCAAAACUCGACAGUUGAAGAAAUGUGAUGCGGCGCGCUGUUUGUGUGCAAAAUUGGCUUUAUUAAAUAAUCCUCAACACGUGACUUGGACUCCAAAUGGCCACUUUAGUGUUGGACAAUGGAGCCUACACGGCAAAAAUCGGAUAUAGCACGGAGGAAGUCAGCGUCCUUCCCAACUGUCAGUUUCGCUCCAAGACCACCAGGAUGAAAACGUUCACGGCCAACCAGCUGGAUGAGAUCAAGGACCCCUCGGCGCUUUUCUACAUCCUGCCCUUCCAGAAGGGUUACCUGGUCAACUGGGACGUCCAGAGGAAAGUUUGGGAUCAUUUGUUCGGAAAAGAAAUGUUCAAGGUGGACUUUGCGGACACCAGCAUCAUCAUCAGCGAGCCUUACUUCAACUUCACGUCCAUCCAGGAGUCCAUGAACGAGAUCCUGUUCGAGGAGUACCGCUUCCAGUCGGCCCUCAGAAUCAACGCGGGUUCGCUGAGCGCUCGGCGGUAUUUCAGCACCGAAUCUUACCAGCUGUGCUGCCUCGUGGUGGACAGCGGCUUCUCCUUCACGCACAUCGCCCCCUACUGCCGCGGCAGCAGAAUGAAGGACGCCAUCCGCAGGAUCAGCGUGGGAGGGAAGCUGCUGACCAACCACCUGAAAGAAAUCAUCUCCUAUCGGCAGCUGCACGUGAUGGACGAGACCCACGUGAUCAACCAGGUGAAGGAGGACGUGUGCUUCGUGUCUCAGGACUUCUACAAAGACAUGAGCGUCGCACAGCUGAAGGGUGCCGACAACACGGUGAUGAGGGACUACGUGCUUCCGGAUUUCAGCACCAUCAAAAAAGGCUUCUGCAAGCCGGCCGACCAGGUGGUGCUGAGCGGGAAGUACAAGACCGGGGAGCAGAUCCUCAGGUUGGCCAACGAGCGCUUCGCCGUUCCCGAAAUGCUCUUCCACCCUUCUGACAUCGGCAUCGGGGAGAUGGGGAUCCCCGAGGCCAUCGUGGACUCGGUGCAGUCGCUGUCGGAAGACAUGCAGCCGCACAUGUACGGCAACAUCAUCCUGACCGGAGGCAACGUUUUGUUUCCCGGCUUCCGGGAGCGACUGCAAGCUGAACUCCGCUCGCUGGUUCCGGCGCACGUUCCCGUCAAGGUCACGCUGGCCCCCGAUCCCGUCACGUACGCGUGGGAAGGCGGAAAACUGGCGGCAAACGACCCCGACUACGAGGAGAUGGUGGUCACGCGGGACGACUACGACGAGAACGGACAUUUUAUCUGUGAAGAAAAGUUUGACGUCUGAGCCGCGGGGAUUGAGAGCAACUGUAGUUUUUUUUUUUUUUUUUUUUUAAUGACGGUUGACGCGUUCCGAGGCAGCAACUUGAUGACCGGUGCCAGCCGAAAGGUCCCAGCCAAGACGUCUGUUUUACAAUUGACUUAUGAAAUUGAUGAAGUCAUUGAUUUAGGAUUGCAGGUUGCAAAUAAAGAAUAUUUUAAGAAUCAA